UAAAAAGUAUAUCUAUGGGAAAAUCUUCGAAAGACAAACGCGAUAUUUACUAUCGCAAGGCAAAAGAGGAAGGCUGGAGAGCUCGGAGUGCUUUUAAGUUAAUUCAAAUUAAUGAGGAAUUUUCAAUAUUUGAAGGUGUUAAGAAAGUUGUCGACUUAUGUGCAGCUCCUGGCAGUUGGAGUCAAGUGCUAUCUAGGGAACUGAGAGGUGAAGGGGAUCACGUAGAUCCGGAAGUAAAAAUUGUUGCCGUUGACUUGCAGCAGAUGGCACCUUUGCCAGGAGUAAUACAAAUACAAGGAGACAUUACAAAGACGUCAACUGCACAUCAAAUUAUUGGCCACUUUGAAGGGCAACAUGCAGACUUGGUUGUGUGUGAUGGAGCACCAGAUGUGACUGGGUUGCAUGAUAUGGAUGAGUAUAUUCAAGGUCAGUUGCUUAUUGCUGCUCUUAAUAUUACGACUCAUGUUCUAAAGGCGGGAGGAACAUUUGUGGCAAAAAUUUUUCGUGGUAAAGACGUCGCUCUCUUGUACUCCCAACUGAGAAUUUUCUUUCCAACUGUCGUGUGCUCCAAACCCAGAAGCAGUAGAAACUCAAGCAUUGAGGCUUUUGUGGUAUGUCAAGAUUAUAGUCCGCCUGCUGGGUACAAACCCACUAUGGCUAAUCCACUGCUUGAUCCUAAAUCAGUUCCUGACUUCAAACUAUUGGAAGGAAUCAAUCGUGUUGUAGUGCCUUUUGUUGCUUGUGGUGACCUCAGCGCAUUUGACUCAGACAUGACGUAUCCAACAAAAGAGCUUGCAGAUGGAACGAAAUACAAACCUCUAGAGCCCACACAGCCACCCAUCAAUCCUCCUUACCAGACAGCAUGUCAGAUGAAGAAAGAUGGGUUACUGAAUUCCUAAAGAUACCUUCAGGUAAAGUCAUAUGCUAGACUCCAACCAGUAAACAAACUGUUGUAAACGUUUAGAGCAAUGACGUCAUAUGACGUCAUAUGAUGCACCUUUAAAUACAAAAUCUAGAACUUUUAUCUGAGAAUAUAAAUAUAAAUGGUGGAGGAUGGGUACUGAGGUACAUCUCAUGAACAAUACCAACUGCUUUA